CAGGCCAACAACAACAAACCACUACUUUGGCAAGCCAUUUUUAGAUUAAAAUUUUUUCAUGUAUACUUCACGUAUUUUCUGAUAAUAAUAUUUUUGAAUAAGUGUGUUGUUCCUGUCUCUGGGUCCAAAAUUGUUUCUGGUGGAAGUUCUUUUCUGGGUUAGCUUAAAUUAAACCAAUUAUAAAAGAAUUGAAUUUUAGAUACACCAGAAGAGGAAGGAGAGAGGGAGAGAAGGAAGGGGAGAUUAGUUUGUUGAGCUAUCGUUUUCUACUGUUUGAUCUUUUGUUAUUGUUGGUUCAGAUAACUCUACUUGAAGCAAUCUCUUUUAUUAGCGCUUUCCUUGAUGUGCAGUGGGUUUGUAUCAUCUUCUCGGAUAAUCUACCAUCUCAAUCAGUUUCUGAACAUAUUUGCUUUCUUAGAGGGAAAUUGAAGUUGGAUAUUUUGUUUUUCCUUUGAAGAGAAAGCAGUUUGGUUUUGUUUUUAUUGAAAUGGGAUGUCGGGGUUUUGAUAUGAUCGCCGGGGAAUGUUUGGAUUUUUUGUGGAUUUCGAGGAGGAGGAGAUUAGGGUUUGUGUUCAGGGUUGUUUUUGGAUUAUGGUUUGGUUUUGUUAUGCUAAAGCCAGUGGCGGGAUUGAGACCAAUAAGGGAGAGGGCUCGGUCAUGGGGGGAUGAGUGGCUAUUUGUUAGAAAAGAUGAAAGCGAAUUGGGUCCAUUUCAUGCAUGGAACAUAACCGGAACUUAUCGAGGCAAUUGGAAAUUUCUGGAGUCUAUGAAUAGCUCUUCCAAAUUUCCUGAUUUCAGGAAAUCAUCUGGUGAUUCGGUCAUUGAAUUAGUUAGCUCACCAACAAAAAUAACUGGUGUACAUUAUGUUCAGGGUGUAAUUAUUUUCCAUGAUGUGUUUGACAACAAACACAAUGUUGGUGGUGCUCAAAUAAGGGUAGAGGGUGUAUAUAUAUGGCCUUUUAGACAGCUUCGAAUGGUAGCUAACAGUGGAAAGGAUGGAGAGCUGAGUCAGGAAGAAGAUUAUAUUUUGUCCAACCCAUACCAUUUGCUUGGAGUUUUCUCAUCUCAAGUGUUCCAAGAUUCUCCACGUGAAAAAAUUUGGAGAAGGAAAAAUUCACCGAUUUAUGAGAUGGAGAAACAUUGCAAUAUAGAAAUUGCUGCCCAAAUUUCGCGCAUCUUAUCCAGCCAAAAUGAUGGAGAUCAUGAUCGUUAUCACAUCGAAGGAUUGAUGGAGAGUCCUACAGUGGAUAAUGAUGGAGAUUGUUUCUCACCUAUACUAUUAAAUGCGACUUCUGUUAACAUUGAAGUCUAUUACAAUAAAGCAGUUAACUACACCUUAAUGGUCACUUUUGUCUCUUUCCUUCAAGUCCUUCUGUUAAUCAGACAAAUGGAACAUAGCAACACACAAUCGGGAGCUGCGAAAGUUUCAAUUUUAACGAUUGGUCAACAAGCUAUCAUGGAUGCUUAUCUUUGCCUCUUACAUCUCACUGCAGGAAUACUGGUUGAAUCCUUAUUUAAUGCUUUUGCAACGGCGGCAUUCUUCAAGUUUGUAGUCUUCUCCAUUUUUGAGAUGAGGUACCUUCUCGCAAUAUGGAAGGCAAGUAGGCCUAUGAAUAAUGGUGAAGGUUGGGAGACAAUGAGGCGCGAGCUAUCAGUUCUAUAUAGCCGUUUCUAUGGGAUCCUUUUAGGAGGCAUUUUGAUCAUGUAUGAGUUUCAUAAUUUUUUGCGGCCCAUACUUCUCCUUCUCUACUCCUUUUGGAUACCUCAAAUAAUCACCAAUGUCAUUCGUGAUUCAAGAAAACCUUUGCAUCCUAAUUACAUCUUAGGCAUGACUGUUACCCGGCUAGCAAUUCCAUUAUAUAUAUUUGGAUGUCCUCACAACUUCAUGCGAAUCGAGCCCGACAAGAGCUGGUGUAUCUGUUUGGGUGUAUUCAUUGGACUUCAAGCAUCCAUUCUUCUUCUUCAGCACUAUCUUGGAUCUCGAUGGUUUAUUCCUCGACAGAUACUACCUGAGAAAUAUAGCUACUACAGAAGAUUUGAGACAGAAACAAACCAUACCACAGACUGUGUCAUUUGUAUGACCGCCAUUGAUCUUAUGCAACGUUCAAGAGAUUGCAUGGUAACACCGUGCGAUCAUUUCUUUCAUUCCGGUUGUUUGCAACGGUGGAUGGACAUAAAGAUGGAAUGCCCAACUUGCCGCCGUUCAUUACCGACAGCUUAAAGAAAAAAAAAUUCCACUCAUCACUGAGGUCGAGAAGAGAGUCGAGUGCCCACAUUUUGCCUGGUUCCAUUUCCAGAAGAUGACUGAGACACAACCUAAGCAAAUUUAAAACCGUCACUACCGACACUGUAACACUCUAGUAGGCAACAACAUUCUUGUGUAAUCAUUGUAUAAUUGUAUAAAUUUCAAUACACUUGAUAUAUUUCAUGCCAGGUACUGAUUGCCUUAUCAAAAAGGGUAAAAAAGAAAGAGCAAAUUGCUUUAGAUUUA